AUGAUACCUACAGUAAGGUUGUUGAACUCACAGGUAGAUCAAUGUUUGUUGAGAAUUAAGGAUGGGUUUUUCAAGAACAGUGGAAAGAAAACGCUGGAUUUGAAAGAUUAUGUCUUUAGAAAGCCCAUUGAAAAAUUUGAAAUUUACAGACUUAAUAAUGAGAAUAAGCCAUCGUUAUGGUCAAUAACAGGUCCAGCGAAAUCGCAAUUCUUAGGUGUGGUAUCGGGAAAGUAUAUUCCGUAUCCUCCACUUUCCAGAACAUAUCCAUUUAUGCUGGACAGCUACAAAUACGACCAGAUCCAAUUUUUGAAUUUCAAAGAGGCUUCCGGGUUGGAUAAAGUACAUUUAUCCGCUAGAUAUGAAUCUUAUUCUUACAAGGGAAGCUUGGAAAUGUCGGAUGACGUCAAUUCUGUCCGCAAUUAUAUUACUGGUGCUAAUAAUUAUAAUAGUAAUACGACUUCUGGUGUGAGGGAAGAUUUCGUGAAUCAACUUUUGGAUUUAUUCAACUUGAAUCACUUGUCGAACAAGUGGAUUAACUCGUUAUCUAAUGGGCAAUUGAGAAGGGCAAGGUUAGCGAAAGCAUUGAUUAACAAGCCCAGCUUAUUCAUAAUUGAUGAUCCGUUUUUGGGAUUGGACCCUCAAGCAACCAAGUUAGUAUCCAAUUCGUUGCUUAGAGUCAGCCAGGACUUGAACACGAGUGUUGUUUUAGGAUUGAGAAUUCAGGACGAUAUUCCGGAGUGGCUUACCCAUGUUGGCUAUGUCACUACAGAGGAUGGAUUAAAAAUGUCAGGUGCUAAGGAAGAUAUACUUCCUCUUCUCGAACAGGAAUUGAAGUCUGCCACUUCUAUUCAUCACCAACACGAAAUAAAGCUGAAAAAUAAAAAGAGUACUCCAAUCUCCAACGAGACUUUAUGUACUUCUGGUGAAACUCCCCACAUAGAAUUCCGCAAUGCAUCGGUUGUCUACAAAGAUUUGCCCAUAUUCGCCAACUUUGACUGGAAAAUUCCUCGUGGGUCGAAAUGGCGUAUCUUAGGAGAUAACGGUACCGGGAAGACAACGUUGCUCUCGUUGAUCACGGCCGACCAUCCGCAGUCGUGGAGAUCAGUGUUGAGCAUAGACGGUGUUCUCAGGAAAACCGGAAACGGAGUGUCAUUUUUUGACGUCAAUGACAAGAUAGGCAUUUCGUCACCCGAACUCCACGCUCUAGUUCCCGGAAACAAGACUAUGAUGCAGGUCAUCAUGAACGGUCUAGUUCCAAACGUCGCCAACUCAAAUUUCACGUUUAUUGCACCCAAAGAACUGCUCACUCCCCAUGCCCGCACCCUUCUCGGCAAAUUCGACGACAUUCUUGCGGCCCAUGCUAACGACAGCUUCUCUGACUUGUCCGUCACCAACCAGAAGCUUACAUUGUUCCUUAGGGCCGUCAUAAAAAAUCCCGAAAUUCUCAUUCUCGACGAAGCCUUCUCUUGCAUGGACGAAGAACAAAUUAUGGUCAGAUGCCACGACAUCGUAGAAAACGACUUGAAAGAUACUACAGUUCUAGCAAUAGCCCACAUAGACUGGGAGAUCCCCGCCUGCGACUACGUUUUGAAGCUACAUGGUGAUGAACUGAGAUCAUACGGAAUCCUGAAGUAUGGUUGA